GCAUUUGGCCAGUCCUUCCUGCAACCUGACAUCCACCUGUUCAAGCAGAAUCUCUUCUACUUGGAGACCCUGAACACCAAGCAGAAGCUGUACCACAAGAAGAUCUUCAGAACAACCAUGCUGUUCCAGUUUGUGAACGUGCUGCUCCAAGUGCUUGUCCACAAGUCACACGACCUGUUGCAGGAGGAGAUUGGCAUUGCCACCUACAAUAUGGCCUCAGUGGACUUUGAUGGCUUCUACUCAGCCUUCCUCCCCGAGUUCCUGGCCAGCUGUGAUGGUGUGGACUCCAACCAGAAGAACGUGCUGGGAAGGAAUUUCAAAAUGGACAGGGACCUGCCCUCGUUUACCCAGAACGUGCACAGACUGGUGAACGACCUCCGUUACUACAGACUCUGCAAUGACAGUUUGCCCCCUGGAACUGUGAAACUAUAGUUACUGCACUGGACUCCUGGUUUGAUCACUGUAGGGAACGGAUCCAUGUCUCCUUUUGCCACCACCUUCUUCUCCUCCCUGGUUUUGUCAGUCCUGCAGGACACGCCGUGUCUUGCCCGUGGGCGCAUCUUGGAUUCACACGCCACGCUUCUCUUUUUCCCACCCCCCCUCCCAACCCAAAAGGCCUCCAGCUGGAGCCAGCACUGUCUGCAGGAUGUGU